AUGAAUAAAUUUCGCUUUGGCGAUUCCGACGAGUCCGCAUCCGAUUUGGACGAUGAUACCUCCGGUCUUCCUUUUCCUGAACCUCUAUCCCGCGCCUCCUUCCUCUCGCCAGACUUCAACCCGGCGGCAUACCUCUCUUCCCUGACCAAUCGCCAUCAAAGUCUUGAAGACCUGCGCCAGGAAUUGCGGGAUCUCGAUCAAUUGCUCAGCCGAGAAUUACUGGACUUGGUCAAUGAGAACUAUCAGGAUUUCCUGUCCCUAGGGACUGCUUUACAGGGAGGGGAGGAGAAGGUCGAGCAGGUUCGCGUCGGGCUGCUUGCGUUCCAGCGGGAUGUCCAAUCAAUCCGAGGCAAAGUCGAGGCGAGGCAAACGGAGGUGGAGGAGCUACUGAAUGAGAAGAAGCGACUACGAGCGAAUGCGAACAUUGGACAUGCAUUGUUGGACUUUGCGGAUCGGGUCGAGGAGCUGGAGAAGAGGCUGAUGAUUGGAGAGCAAAAUCCACAGGGAAUUCCAAUAGAAUCGUCUGAUACGGAAUCAGACUUCUUGGAGAGUGAGGACGAUGACGAAGACGAGACGGGGGAUGAGGAGCGCGGAGAGAAUACGGCGCCGCUGGUCUCGCUCAAACGACUUGAGCACCACCUACAGAAAUACGUUUACCUGACGAGGUUGUCGUCUAGAAUCGGUGAUGAACAUCCGUUCCUACUCGCGCAACAGCAGCGCAUGUCAAAGAUCCGGUCGGCGUUACUUCUGGAUUUGAAGAAGGCACUUGAGCAAGCGAAACAGGCGGGGGACAAGCGAGACACCAAAACGCUGGCCGUUUUGCGUCUGUACAAGCUCAUGGGAGAGGAUACAAGUGCCGUCUCCGCUCUGAAAGACCUGACCAUAUAA